AAUUUCCCAGAAGGCAUUUCAGGACGGCGUCUGCACGGCUGGUUUCCAUCGUAACGUAUCAGCCGCGGAGCUCGAGGUACAGGGUGUCGGGCUCAUAUGAGAAAUGCCACGAGCUGGGUCAACCUUGUGGGAGUUAGCAGCGGGUGAAGUCCAGAGCCGUGAAAAUGGACAUGGCAUGGUGGAUGGUGAAGAGGAAAAGUGCGCUGCAGGAAGAGAAAGGGUGGUGUUCUUCAUGGGCAGCAAAGGAGGGGGCAAGACAACUCUGAUCCUCCGCUUUCUUGAAAGGGAUGAGCUUCCAAAAUCUACACUAGCUCUAGAGUAUACAUUUGGACGGAGAGCACGGGGGCACAGCACGCCAAAGGAUAUGGCUCACUUCUGGGAGCUUGGUGGCGGCACCUCCCUAUCUGAUCUUGUGCAAAUCCCAAUCACUGCAGAAACUGUAAGAGCUCUAGCUGUUGUCUUGCUCGUGGAUCUCUCCAAACCAAACAGUCUGUGGUCUACUAUGGAGAAGCUGCUUCAGGUCACUAAAACACAGGUGAACAAAGCUUUGGCUGAACUUGCAAAGAUGGAUACUAAGGGAAGAGCUGAACUGGGAAAGCUAGAGUUUAAGCCACAACUCAAAGACCAUCCGGACCGUGAGCUGAUUGAUGUUUUUCCUGUUCCUUUACUUAUAAUUGGAAGCAAGUAUGACAUUUUCCAGGACUUUGAAUCAGAAAAAAGGAAGAUGAUUUGUAAGACUCUGCGCUUUGUUGCUCACUAUCAUGGAGCUUCUUUGGCUUUUUCUAGCGCAAAAACUGAAAGCUUUGUGUCCAAAACCCGAGUGUUUCUCAGCCAUCUUGCAUUUGGUACAGACAGAGGGAAAUGUGCGUCUACAGACCAUAACAAGCCUCUACUGAUCUCGGCUGGGAUGGAUUCAUUAAGCCAGAUUGGAUCUCCACCAAGUGCAGACAUUGGAAUAGGAAAACUGCAGGUCAGGAGCCCCUUGGAUCUGUGGAAGAAUGCGUAUGAGAAAAUGUUCCCUUCUGAGAAUACCAGUGACUCAAAGGAUAUAAGGGACCCUGCAAGAGACCCUCAGUACACAGAGCCUGAGAUCGACAGAAUGAGAGCACUGAAGAAUCAGGAGCUGGAGCAGUAUAAGAGGAAGGCAUCAACCACAUGGAAAGGAGUGGAGCUGGAGUCUCGGCGGAGCUAGUGCAGGCCAUAUUUGGAUGUGGAAGCUGUCGUUGUCUCUAGAAGUCCUGGGCGAUUAAACAAAAGACCUGAGCAGGCCAAAGCUGACAGUUACUUGUCAUUUAUAGCCAAACUGUUAAAUUCACCAUCAGCUGCAAUGAGGGACAUAUUACCACAUUCUCUAUUUGUAUAUAUUCUUACAUGUUUUCUGCUAUCUAAUAAAGUGUUGUGGAUGUUUUUA